AUGCGUUCAUCUUACGAUUCAUAUCAUCAUUCAUCAAGCUCUCUUCUUAAUUCUCAUUAUGCAUCUCCAUUAAAUCACUUGGAUUUAAUUCCAACGACUGCUGGAAGUGACCGAGCAGAAUUUCAUGAUCGCUAUCAAAAUCGAUAUGCAUGGUUAGAAAAAAAUCAUGUUAAUGAAGUUGGUUCACAAUAUAAAUCAUUAGGUAAACAAGUUGAUCAUAAACCAUCAACAUGGAGAUGCGAAGAUCAAGCAGAAACUGGAAGAGAAUUUUUACGUAUAAAUGAUGAAUGUGCUGAUAAAAUCUAUGAUAUUCGUGAACGAAGUGAUAUAUCUCGUGAAUCUCUUCUUAAUUCGGAUGGCGUUGCAUCACGAUUUUAUCAAAUGGAAGCUGAUGCUUUAAAAAAUCGUUAUGAAUUAAAUAAUAUGAAACGUAAAUUAGAUGGCAUUAAACAAUUACGUGCACGUCUAUUUAAAUAA